GGGUGGGGAAGGUCAUCAUCAUUCUCAUGGCUCUUCCAUAUUAUCACUAAUCACUUCUACAACUACUACUACUACUACUACUUCAAGCUUCUGCAGAAUCAGAUGCAGAAUCAUUCCUUAGAAGUUGGAAUCAUCAUCGAAGGAAAGCUAGAUUGGAAGAUAGAUGAAGCAGAUGGAUGUGGAUUAUAAGGUGGGUGGCGUUGAGGAAACACUGCCAAUGACUCUUCCACCACCACCACCGCCACUGCCGCCGCUGCCAAGAUCAUGGGCAGCAAUUAAACCAGUACAGAGUGUGACGAAUCAGGAGAUCGCAAAGUAUUGGAGACAGAAGCGUAUGGAGGAAGAGGAUCAUCUCCUAUCUGCCAUCAAAGCUGCCGCUUGUAUCAGAGCCCGUAAGCUCACGGAGGAAGAGUAUAGACGUUUCGAAGAGUCGCUGGAGGACGAUAUUGACAACGCCAAGAAGAAAGAUGAAGACAAUAAUACUACUAUUGCUACUACCAAUACAGAGAAAGAGCUUCGAGUAGGAAUCAAAGACUGGUGGACAAAGAGCAAGUAUGCAUAUCUCAACCAACCAGCCAUUGAUUCUACAGAGAAGCCGAAACGCUCUACCUAUAUUCCCAACUUCUGCUUUUAUAAGAGCCCUUCACUCUACCCUGCAUCACUUGGGAUUUUCUAAACUAGAGAUGCCCUUUGAGCUGCUUAAUUAAGAUGAGGAAAACCACCUUGUGUCUCUAUUGUUUUUAUGAACUU